UAUUUAGAUUAACAGGUAAUAACCAGGAGAACAAUGAUCAUGGGCCGGCAACUAAUCCAAUUAAUACUCCAAGCGUAACAACACCCACUAGCAGUGUGAAACUGCAUAAUUUAAACACAAACAAUCCAAGUCCAAUUAAUAGUCCAUCAGCAGUCAAAACGCCACUUAAUAUGAAUAGAAAUAAUGCAAGCCCAAUCACCAGAAACGAUCAUGGUCCUACGAUAAAUACAACCAACAUCUCAACCGAAAAGUCAUCCUGUAACAGCAUACAACUGGAUAAUCUAGAAAUUAAUUAUGCAAACCCAAGUAUCAUUGAAAUCCCAUCGGCUACAUCUAAAACAUCAGCUAGGUCGAGGGAAAAUAAUGGAAGUUUAAUCACCAUCGAAAGUCCAUCUCCCAAACAAAAUCCAACCCAAAAUUACUAUAAUCACGACCCGAACAAAAAUAACAUUGAUCCUGCCAACACAGCUCGAAAACGAAAAAAGCUCUAG